AUGGCUAUCUGUCAUCUGUUCAAAGCCAUCAAUGAUAUCAACAGCUGGCCAACUGUUAGGCCAUGGUUUACUCGAACACCCUCCUCCUGGGACAAUGCUCUGAGGCAUUGGCAGCCGUCAGGGCAUAGCACGCCCGACAUCCUGCGUAGACAAGGCAGGAAUGUCAUCGUCAGAAAGAGUGAGCGUUGGGGAGAUGGUGCCCAAAUAGGCAAGGGCAAGCAAGGGGCCGAGGGUGUAGACGUGAGUGAGAUUAAGUCCAAGCUUGAAAAAGCUUGGCUGGAUGACAGGGGAGUGUCCAGUUUGUGCUGCUUGCCAGUUGUGCUGUCAGGAACAGAGAACAUCAAGCCACUAGAUGAUGAUGACAAUGACAAGGGCCAUGGCGGCAAGACAGCACGCUUCAUCUGCUUUACAUCUUGGCAAUGA